CGAAGAUGUGAAACACUCAAAAGUGGCUGACUUAAUAAAAUCUAAAACAACAAUCUCCACACUAACCGCAUUGAGAUCAUAAAACAAGUUUAUUUAAAUCCUCACACUUAAAGAGGAUGAAGAAACCUCCUCUUCCUCUUUAACCAUUUAUCUAAUCUUUGGAUUAAUUCUUCAAGAAGAGAUACUUACUUAUAUAAAUCUCCUCGAAAUCUGCAAACCCCCAAAACACAGCUUGUCUUUGUUUUAAUUAAAAGAAGCUUUUGUCUCAUUUUCCCUUCCCCACCAAACACACUUUUGUCUUCUCUUUAAUAAACCUCAUUCACUUCAUCUUCUUCACUGUUAACGGUCGGAAUCUAAAAAAUGUCUCCUAACUACUCCUUCUUCUUCUUCAUCUUCUUCCUCACUUCACACUCUUCUGUUUUCUCCAGAAUCUUACCAGAGACCUCCACAACCACUACCUCAAUUCUCAAUGUCGCUGACUCCAUCCACAGAACCAAGUAUACGUCGUCGUUUCGGUUAAACCAGCAAGAAGAACAGACUCACUCUGCUUCUUCUUCUUUCAGCUUGCAGCUUCAUUCACGAGUUUCCGUCCGAGGAACUGAACACUCAGACUAUAAGUCACUCACACUAGCCAGACUCAACCGUGACACAGCCCGAGUCAAAUCUCUCAUAACCCGUUUAGAUCUAGCCAUCAACAACAUAUCCAAAGCAGAUCUCAAACCCAUCAGCACAAUGUACACCACUGAGGAACAAGAUAUCGAAGCUCCUUUAAUCUCCGGCACGACUCAAGGAAGUGGCGAGUACUUCACACGCGUCGGUAUCGGAAAACCGGCGCGUGAAGUUUAUAUGGUUCUAGAUACUGGAAGUGACGUGAACUGGCUACAAUGUACUCCUUGCGCUGACUGUUACCACCAAACCGAACCAAUCUUCGAGCCAUCGUCGUCUUCUUCUUACGAGCCUCUCUCUUGUGACACUCCACAGUGCAAUGCCCUUGAAGUCUCAGAAUGUAGAAACGCCACGUGUCUUUACGAGGUUUCUUACGGUGAUGGUUCUUACACCGUUGGAGAUUUCGCCACCGAGACUCUCACAAUCGGCUCAACUCUAGUUCAAAACGUCGCCGUUGGUUGUGGACACAGCAACGAAGGGUUGUUCGUCGGCGCCGCCGGUUUACUUGGACUCGGCGGUGGUUUGUUAGCUCUUCCGUCGCAGCUCAACACGACGUCGUUCUCGUACUGUCUCGUUGACCGUGACUCAGACUCGGCUUCGACCGUGGAUUUCGGGACUUCUCUUUCUCCUGACGCCGUCGUGGCUCCGUUGCUACGUAACCACCAGCUCGACACGUUUUACUACCUAGGCCUCACCGGAAUAAGCGUCGGCGGCGAGUUGCUUCAGAUUCCUCAGUCUUCUUUCGAGAUGGACGAGUCAGGCAGCGGUGGGAUCAUCAUCGACUCAGGAACCGCCGUGACUCGUCUCCAGACCGAAAUCUAUAACUCGCUUAGAGACUCGUUCGUGAAAGGAACGUUGGACUUGGAAAAAGCAGCCGGGGUGGCGAUGUUUGACACGUGUUAUAACCUUUCGGCUAAGACGACGGUAGAAGUCCCGACCGUGGCUUUUCAUUUCCCCGGCGGGAAGAUGUUGGCUUUGCCGGCGAAGAACUACAUGAUUCCGGUUGACUCGGUGGGGACAUUUUGUUUGGCAUUUGCACCGACGGCGAGUUCACUAGCGAUUAUCGGAAACGUGCAGCAACAAGGGACACGUGUCACUUUCGAUUUGGCAAAUUCUCUCAUUGGAUUCUCGUCUAAUAAAUGCUAAGCUGUUUUCAUCAAAAAAAACAAAAAUGCUAAGCUGUUUUUUCUAUAAAUAUAUUUGAGUUACAAUGAAAAGGAAAAGUCACUUAAAAGAUAGUAAUGUUAAGUUAGAGUACUGUACUACUGUUUGGUUGUGUUUGUUUCUUGUACUUGUUGUUGCAAUGCAUAGAGUGAAAAAGAGUAAAAAAAAGAUGGAAUUUGUUUUUGCUAAUUUUAUGAUUAAAGAGUAGAACAAUGAAUCUUGAGGGGCCUUGUUACAGGUCACAUCACACACGAAUGAAUGACUCCU